AUGGCGCAAUCAGCUCGGGAAUGGAAGGAGAGAAUUGUACAAAAUGUUUGGGUAAAAGAACGAGUGGACACAGUGAAUAAAAGAGAGAAGACUUGA